UGAGGUGGCUGCAUCUUCACCUAAAGCGGAGUUUAACUUUCACUCAGCUCCUCUCACACACACAGGCUCCCUCACUGCGCAGGACUGAGAUGUUUGCUUUCUCGGCUCGGGCCACCAGAGAUGAUGAUGAUGAUGAUGCUGCUGCUUCAGAGUAACUCUUCAUAGAGCUUGCUGGAGAACAGGGUAGCGUUGCAACGCCGCAGCUAAUGGGGCUGCUGCUGCUCUUUCUAUCUUUGUCCCUCUUUUAAUUUGGACGCUGGGGAGAAAUAAAUAGCUCCACACACACUGUUGGGAGGCAAAUGAAUGGAGGAGACUCGUGGGGAAUUUCCCGAGGCUGACGUUACACCAAAAGAGAUACUAGAUGGACCAAAAAAUGCAUAUGGCAGGAUAAUUUCAAAUGUUUUCGAGCAUAUUUUUCUCUGGAGUUUAACUUCUUAACCUUUGACGUUUUUCGUGGAAUUUAACUGGAAAGGUUGUAUUUCUUUGGAUCAAGCAUGUUUGCUUUAGUGCUGCUUCACCAGUGGAGUCUGGCUGUGUUUUUGCUCUGCUUCCCAGUGACUUUUGAAGGGAGAGCAGCUGAUGUGCUCAUUAACAGAACGAGAAGGUCAGUGAGCCACGCCCAGCUGCUGCAUGACAAGAGCCGCUCCAUCCAGGAGUACAGGCGCCGCACGUGGCUACAGGAGCUGCUGGAGGAGGUGCACACGGCCGGGGAGCACGUUCCACCUGCGCAGAGCCGGACCCAGAGCCAAGUGUUCAGUGGGAGCAGCCUACAACAGAAGCCCCAAGGGGCCAGCAAGGACCUCCUAGAGAGGGUAAACCUGGACGAGGCGGUUCCCCACCUCACCCAGGAGACCAACAAAGCCACGGCCUACAAGGAGCACGACCUUAAAGUUACCACCAAGAGGAAAAAAAAGGUCCGGUUAGGGCGACGGAGAGAGAAUGAAAAGAAGAGGAGAAGAGCCCGUGCCGCCAUUGGGAAGGGGCCGUGAAGAGACAAAGGACCCCAUCUAUAGAAACCCAGAACGUUUUUUCUUUUUUUUUUUUUUUUUAAUGGUACUGCACUAAGACACUGACACAGACUGAUCCCUGACAGACUGUUUCUGGAGUCAGGGUUGUGCUUGUAUGAUAAACUGUUUGUAUUUUGCAUACUUCCUGGAGUUUCAACAUGAAAUCUUAGGUUCAUAUUUAUUAGGAAGAUCGUCCCACCUCUGUAACUUGGUCGUCCCUGGGACGUCUUUUUGUAUACAUUGUAAUCUAUAACCAAACGUGUACACAGGCCGAGCAGACGAGGAAAUGCUUAUUUUCCAUUUGCGUAAGAACCUAAAAGGAACAAGAAAUCUGACAAACUGCUCAGGUCAUACAGUCAUGUUAAAAAGAAAGCACACCCUCUUCCAAUGUCAUAAAUUAAUGCUCUGAGCUUAAUCGGCUUUUAAAAGUACUUCUCUCUUACCUCAGGUGUAUAAAAACCCUCAACAGAUUUCAGCAUGUCAUUAAUCAUUAAACAAAAAUGAGGUCAAUAUGGCUGAAAGUCAUUACAGCCUAUCACUCAAUAAUUUGCUGAGCCACCAUUAGCUGGAUGUAGUCACUCACAUCAAUGCGGAUCCCUUUUCUGCCCCACUCCUUCCUAUACAGCAUUGUUUCAUUGUUUCAAUGUGAUUCUAGAUGAGUUAAAUGUCAGUAAUAUGGCUUCAGAACAGCCUCAUGAGAACAUUCGCGUGCAGACUAGCUCAUGUUUGACUCACAGGCUCAAAGGUGAGUCUGGGUCCUCUGGUUGACAAGCAAGCCCAGAUCAUCAGCCCUCCACCGCCGUGUCUGAAAGUCGGGCUGAUGCGUUGACGUGAUGGUUUUGUCUCUCACCAAACCUGGUCAAGUCAAGUUUUCAGUCUUGAGGUUCACACAGAUGCAUUAUUGCAAACCUGGCAGUAUUUUGUGACGUAACAGCACUUUUCCGGCAAACCUCAUUAAUAAUCUGACACUUCUGCGUCCUUUUCUGCUUGUACUGUCAUAAACUUUUACAUUUACAGGCCUGUAGAGUAUGAGAUGUAUCUUUAUGGAUUCUUUGGCAUUGCACAUUGUGGAAGGUCCUCUCCUGGGAAGAUUGUCAACUGUCUUAAAUAUUUUUCACUGCGAAAUAAACAACUCAAUGUAGACUGAGAGGCAUCAGCAGCAGGUUUUUCUCCCUGACGCUAUGGCAACAAAGAUCUUACACCUGUCAGUGGUUAAUCAAUCAAGCUGUUUCAAUUUGCAGAGGGUUAACUUUCUUUUUGCCUGACUGUGCCUCUGUUCAAAGGGUUCAGCCAUAAUUUAUUUCACUUUGAAAGUCUAUAUUUAUUUUGUGAAUGUAUCACGGUGCUGCUGAUUUAAUUCCAUUAUGCACUUUAGUUACAUACAUUGUGGUUGAAAUUUAGCGUAGCGACUGUUGUCGAUGGUACUGCUUUCCUUCCUCACCUCAGAUCCCUUAUGGACUCAUAACUUAUCAGAGGCAUCGUCAGAAAAACGCUUCUGUUGAAUUAAGUUACAGUUUGUUUGUUUUGCUUAGAAUAAAUAAGCCAAAGCUCAACCCAGCUUCGUUGUUCUGGACUUGCACUGAGGGAAUGCUGUACAUGUUUCCAGUUAAUCAAACAUUAAAACGGUAGCGUUUAGGUA